GAAUGUCGUACGCAUUUACCGCAACCUUUCCUUCAUGACUCACAAUGUUUUAAAUACGUUUAUUUACUGGGAUUGACUUGAGUCACCACAUGAAUUAUCCGCAAAUAUGUCAUCCAUGUUUCUAUAGAAUCCUGAACAUUAUCUAUCAAUUUCCGUUCUUACAGAUAUGCCAGUUUCCAUAACAUCACUCAGUGUCAACGGUUCAGUAUUCGUUAUUUUAUCACAGUUGCAUAGUAGACGAGUAGAUAUUUAAAAAAUGAUUAUCAUACUGUUUUUGUUAUGUAUCAAAAGCGUCUUAUUGUUUAAUUUUAACAUGGAUAAUGUGAAAGAGAUUAGUGUCAAUAGUGCGUAUGGGAGUGACACAUAUUUUGGAUACAGUGUUUUGUUACAAGAUGGGACGCAACCAUUGAUCAUUAUUGGUGCACCCAAAUUGAGUUCUCGGACAGGAGGUGGGGUAUUUGCCUGCAAAUUGAAUGGAAUAUGUACCAAUUAUGAUUUAGUUACUAGUAAUGGCCAUACAUUUACGGGAAAUUUCCUCGGUAUGUCCAUGGAUGGAACUGGUGAAACUGGAGGACCCUUUAUUGUUUGCGCUCCGAAAAAGGUAAAGGCAGAAGGCGAGAACAACCUUCUACCUGGCCAUUGUUUUUACAAGCAAAAUUCUUCGUAUGUCUCGCCAGCAGCCUCCACGGUGAACCCACUUUACGAUAAACCGACGAUUUCGGUACAUAACAAAGUUGGAUACUACGAUUAUGGAUUUGGCGAAGCCGGGCUAGAUGUUCGUUUCAUUGAUAGAACAACGGUGUUGUUAGGAGCUCCAGGAGUAAAAAAUUGGAAUGGUGCGAUUGUUGUUGACUCAUUGUCGAAUACAAGAACACCAAAAAUCAUCCCAGAAAGAAAAGCUUUCUUUCCCGAAGAAAACGAUACGUAUUUCGGAUAUACCGUUGGAACAGCAACAAUAACAGUAAUGGGUGAACAAGUGGCUGUAAUUGUAGGGGGCAGCCCUAGAGGUGGAUCCCUUAAUGGAGCGGUAAAAAUGUAUGAUUUCGAUGGCAACUUAGUACGCGAAUUCUUUGGAGAAGAACCUGGAUCAUACUUUGGCUCGUCAGUUUUAGCAGUGGAUAUGAACAACGAUCAAAUUGAUGAUCUGCUUGUUGGUGCACCGAUGGGCUCAGGUUCUACCUACGAUGAAGGAUACGUAUACGUGUAUUUAUCUAUUACUCGAAGUUAUCAGGCAAAGCUAACUGGAUCAAGAAAAACGGGAGCAAGGUUUGGAACCUUGAUUUCUACACUUGGAGACAUUGAUUUGGAUGGUUAUCAAGAUAUAGCAAUAUCAGCACCAUUUGAGGAUGAUGGAAUUGGGGCAGUUUACAUAUACAGGGGCGGUUCUAAAGGUAUUGAGAUUGUUUACAGUCAAAGACUGUCGCCUUCAAGCUUCCAAGGAAAUUCUGGAAAUGUGCGAGGCUUUGGUCUGGGAAUUUCGAAAGGAAAAGAUAUUGACGGCAACGGGCAUAAUGAUCUAGUAGUUGGAGCCUUCAAGAGUGGACAAGUCUUCGUUAUCAAAACCCGCAGUAUAAUAGACUUCCAACUGUCGCUAGAUACCAAUGUUUCUUCCAUUGGUAAUGGUCCUAUUGCUAUCAAGUAUUGUAUUUACUAUACUCAGAAGGGGAAAGUUAAAGACGUAAGACUAGUUAACUUCAAAGUGAAGUUGAACAUGGAUUACAGGGUCAAUGGUGAAAAUAACUUCGAACACACUUGGGUCGUUCCUUUGGAAAGAGGUGCUUGUGAAAAUUUGACAGUUACUAUUCAGCCCUCCAUGAUAGACAUUCAACCAUUCAGAAUAACAUUAUCGGCUGAUGUCACACAAACUGAAGCUAUUGCUUUAGGGCAAAAUAAAAUAGAAAAACUCAUACCCUUUUCUCAUGGGUGCGGUGACGAUAAUGUAUGUCAAACUGACAUCUCUUUGGAAGCAUCUUCAGACAAGAAAUUAUUAGUUUUGGGGCUAGAUAACACGCUGAAUCUUGAUAUAUUUGCUGAUAAUCAUGGAGAGCCGGGUUAUCAAUGCCUACUUUACUUAAAUAUCCCGGUUGAACUAGAUUACAGAAAUAAAGAUAAGUGCAAGAAAAAUGAAUCUUUAAUUUGCCCGUUUGCAUCAAGUUUGCCUUCGACUGCAAAUAUGCAUUUGAAAUUCGAUAUAACCCAUCUUACAACGGAUAAGGACAGUAUACUAGUCCAAUUUGAAAUAAAAUGUCUGGGAAGAAACUUGACUCCUAAUAAGCAGGCAUUCGUUUGGAAUGUUGUGACGAAAAACUCGCCAUAUAUUGAAGGCAAGUCAGAACCGAAUAAUCUCUAUUACGGGAACGAAGAUACCUCAGAUCAAGAAAUUACCCAUACGUUUACUGUUGGAAACUUUGGCCCUUCCCCUGCGAAACUAGUUGUUACAUUUUUGCUACCGAUUGUAGAUAAAGAGGCAAAUCUCUUUAAAGUACUAAGUGUAAAGGGACUAUUGAAUGGACACUCAAUAUCGUGCUCCCAAAAAUAUCGAAAUAACGAAAGAGGGCACAGGCCUGAAAAUUUUCUAGUCGAAUAUGUUAACAAAAGCGUAAUACUUGAUUGUUCCGACAAUGACAGUGCAUGUGUCGAGAUAUCUUGUGAUGGAGGAUAUUUAUAUAGAUCUUCAGAAACGGCUACGUUUGAUAUCAAAAUUAAUGCUGAUUUGAAAUCGUUAGGUUCUAGGUAUAAAAGCGAACAGUUCAAGGACAGUAUCAUUUAUGUAUCUUCAGCAUUUCUGAAUAAUUCAACCACAAGGAUUGAAAACUACGCAUCGACACUUAUAUUCUCUGCAAGCAAAAAUUCAGUGCCAUUGUGGAUUUAUAUAGUUGGUGCUCUUAUUGGUUGUCUUUUACUGUUACUAGUCAUAUUUUUGUUGUACAAGGUAGGUAGACCAAAUUGUAAUUUUUAAACUAUGCCAUGUGUAGCUUUUUCUUGACUUACGGCCAAGACUUCUGCAAAUUCAUGAAAAUUUCUAAAGAAAUGGCGUUAAGUCAGCCACUUUCAGCAAAAAUUUAACUACGAAUCAUUACAACAAGGAAAUUACAUGGAUCAAGUCAGUCAAAGCGGCCUAUACAAUUACAAUUAGUCCCCAGCUCCCAUCGGUUUGACAACGUAGCGACCUAGAUAUUUCUUUUCUGCUUUCUGUUUGCCAGUGACACCGGUCAAUUCGUGACAGGUUUCAUCUAUCUUCGUUGCGUCUGACGCAAGUACUAAAUAUUUUUCAUUCCAAGCCUUAAGUCCAAAUGUAUGGGUGAAUCUCCGGCGUUAAAAGCGCAUGAAUGUACUAACGCC